CAUUAGUUUCACUGCACAUUGACAGUUAAAAAAAUAAUAUUGUUUUUGACUAACGUAUUACAUCAAUGAGCUGCCACUGACAUUUCCGUGAUCUUCUUUCUCUUUCCUAAAGCAAAAGUGUGGCAAAAUGGGUAAGGUCAAGUGUUCCGAGUUGCGGACGAAGGACAAGAAGGAGCUGCUCAAGCAGUUGGAGGAGCUCAAGACUGAGCUGACCAACUUGAGAGUAGCCAAAGUUACCGGUGGGGCAGCAUCCAAACUGUCGAAGAUUCGCGUCGUCCGGAAGGCCAUCGCGAGGGUGUAUAUUAUCAUGCACCAAAAGCAGAAGGAGAAUCUUCGUUUGUUCUACAAGAACAAGAAAUACAAGCCCCUGGACCUGAGACCCAAGAAGACUCGUGCUCUCCGCAGAGUUCUCACUCCUCACCAGGCCAGUCGUAAAACGCUGAAGGAGAUCCGUAAGCGUUCCGCAUUCCCAGUAAGGAAGUACGCAGUAAAGGUUUAAAUCACCUUUUUUUAAUGUAUAAACACAAAUCCUCAAAUAAACAUUUGUUUACGGCA